CUAAUUAGCUCCAAAAAAGAACCUUAUGUUAAAAUAGUUAAGCUAGAACUUACUUGGCAAAUUUAAAUAUUUUCAUAUUUGCUUGUACCAAGCUAUUACACUUCACAUAGCACAUGUUCACAGUAAAAGUUUGAAGGUUUAUUUGUGAAAUUAUGAACGAAAAGGCAAUAUUCAAGCUGUGUAAAGACGAGGGAUGCUGCGACGCAUGUGCCCUGCGGUACUUGGGGCUGCAUCACCCGCGAGUAUACGAAAACGUGAAAGAGUCUGCAGAGAAGUAUCAAGAUGAACAAGACCAAACUCCCACUGAAGACAAGGUCACAGACAACAACGGGACCAACGGUGAGGCUGACGGUGCAGAUUCAGAGCCUGAAGCUAAGCGGCAGCGAGGUGCAGUGUGUGUGAGCUGUCUCGGGCUGCUGCAGCAGGGCACAUGGGAUGACAGCUGCCGCAUGGCCAAGGAGAUGCUGGAUAAAAAAGAGUACGACUGCACGACGUUCGCCUGCGCGCUGUCGGCGCCCAUCGCCACCAUCGUACGGGAGAAGUACAUGCAGCUUGCCAUCAAAGACAAGUUCCCAGAGUAUGACACAGAUCGUGUGACGUCACUGAAGGAAGCCUGGAAAUGGUCCUUCGGCACCCGCCUGGCGAGCCAUUUAGGCCUGGCUUUGGACUCGGGGGCCGUGUGUCCGCUGUUACUUACCUUGCACUACGAAUAUCCUGACGAUGUCCAGGAACUAGAAGUCCUUAAAAGCAUAUCGCCCUCCUCCUUCGCCCCGCACAAGCGGCCCGCCGUCGAUGUGACACGUCGCGGUGCGGAGCAAGUGUUAGAAAAAGCGACGUUGCCGCAGCUGCGGCUGCGGGCGCCGGCCGCCGCGGCUCGUGCGGUCGCCUGCGCGGCCGCGAGGGCGCCGCUCUAUAUCGGGGGACGAUAUAUAAAGCUGUCCCGGCAGCUACCUCAGACCCCGUGGCUGGUGCGGGGACAGAGGAUAAUGGAGUCAUCGGUGCAAGAAAUCAUCUUCCAGCCCAUCGCCGACUUGUACAAAUUGUCGCCGGAAGAGAUGGAGCACCGCCUGAAGUUCACGUCGGCGGGCCGCGAGGACGUGGACGUGCGCUGCCUGGGCGCCGGCCGGCCCUUCGCGCUCGAGAUCUCGGACCCGCGACGCGAGUUGACUAAAGAAGAGUUGGUACGCGCGUGCGAGCAGAUCUCGACUAGCGGGUCGGUGGUCGUCAAACAUAUGGUGCACGUUACCAAAGAUGACUUAUCGGAACUGAAAAGGGGCGAGGAGAGCAAGUGCAAGGAAUACGAGGCCCUUUGCAUAAAACUCACACACUCCGACUUCGACGAGCCGGCGUCGCCCGACGCGCCGGUGGUCGUGACGGCGGCCGACAUCGCUCGGAUCAACAGCUACACCAACACUGAAGGGGGCACUGACGUCCGUAUCCGCCUCGUACAGAAGACGCCGCUGCGCGUGCUGCACCGCCGCCCGCUGCUAUCGCGGACGCGCGCUAUCCUCGCGCUGCAAGCUCAUAGCGUGCCAGAUCACCCGUCCCUGUUCCGUCUGAGCAUCCGAACCAGCGCGGGCACGUACGUGAAGGAAUGGUGCCACGGCGAGCUGGGCCGCACGGCGCCGGCCCUGCGCGCCGCGCUGCGCGCCCGCGCCGACAUCCUGGCGCUCGACGUGGCCGCCGUGCUGCUGGCCUGGCCGCCGGGACACUGAUCCCGGGGGAAGGAGGCGGCCGCGACCACUGGUCGACGGGGGAAGGAGGCGGCCGCGAC